AUGUCACGAAAAAGGCUCUCCCCACAAAAUGCAGAAAUUGCAGAGAAAUCCAAAGUACGCGCAUACGUAUCUAAAAGAAGGAAGAUAGAAAUCGAAGAGUCAAGACAAGAAAUCGAGCUGACAGAUACUUCUCCUCAACCGAUAAAACUUUCAGAUAUUCCAGAACGUAUAUCAUCUGCUCUAAGCGAUACACCUGCUUCCCAGACGGGAUUCUUACCAAAAAGGAGAGUCACACACUUGCCAAAAGAGCACACCAAAGGAGUUAAUGCAUUAACAUGGUGUGGGGAAUUUGGACAGGUCUUGGCAUCUGCGUCUAUGGAUGGUUCGGUCAAAAUAUGGGACGUCUUUGGAAAGAAAGAAUGCGUUCGUACUUUUAGGCAUUACGAAGCAGUAAAAGACGUUCGAUGGGAUAAUGACACAAGCAAACUCCUGUCGGGUGGCUACAAUAAACUUGCAAAGUUGAUCGACAUUGAAAGUGGUGCAAUAUCUCAGACAUUCGAGCACCCAAACUUUAUAACCGCUCUUCGCUUCAAUCCAACAUCUCCUUUUUUCUUUGCAUCUGGCAUGUCUAAAGACGGAGUAAUAAUGUGGGAUGUCCGCACUAAUAAACCUAUAAAUCAAUUCCGUAAAUUCUGGGGUAGCGUGAAUGAUCUUGAAUUCCUACCAACUGGUAAGGAAAUUCUUACGUGUUCCGACUACGUUGUGAGAAAUGCUGCAGAUAAGAAUAUUGUCGUCUGGGAUUUGGACAGUACAACGCCUAUAUCAAAUCAGAUAUAUCAAGAAGCGUAUUCAUGCACUGCAAUGCGAAGACAUCCAUAUAAAAGCCAAUUUGUAGCACAAUCAAAUGCAAAUUAUGUAGCUAUAUUUGGGCUUGAAAAACCAUGGAAACUAAAUAAGCGUAAGCGCUUCGAAGGCCAUGUUGUCAAUGGUUACCCGAUUCGAUGCAACUUUUCUUUGGAUGCAAAAUACCUUGCAUCGGGAGAUGCCAACGGUUCAAUAUUUUUUUACGACUAUGCGUCAUCUAACAUAGUUAAAGUAAUAGAAAACGCACAUAGCGGGGUUUCUAUUGACGUCCUUUGGCAUCCAGUGUUGAAAAGUGUCGUGGCUACUGCUGGAUGGGAGGGGGGAGUCAGCGUAUGGGGUUAG